AAAGGACUCCCAUCUCCAUGGAGGCUCUGCCGCGGCUAGGGUUUGUUCGUUGCUGCGUGCUGUGCUGUGCUUCGUCGGCGGUUGGCGGCGAGGAAGAUGUCGAAGAAGAACAACCUCGCCAAGCGGAAGAAGCAGCACGAGUUCGACCUCCAAAGGGAAAAGGAGGCGAAGGAGAAACUGGCCAAGAAGCUGCAGGCCAAGAAAUCCAAGAUGAAGAUAGAUGGUGAUGUGAAAAGGAAGGGUGGCAAAUUUAAGGUUGGCAAGAAAAAGGUGAAGACAAAACUUUCAGCCUUAACAAAAGCCAAAGCUGCGCAAGCAAUGGAGGUCGACAAGUAACUGGGGAGUUUUACUUCCUACAAUCUGUGUUCCAUUGCUAAACUGUGCUCCAGUGUUGAUAUAGUUUUGAUGGAAGAGAACAAGUUCUAUGCUCAGAUGAGUGCAUUUGCUCUGGUCAAGUGACCAUAUUCCAUCUAGCCUUGGCAGUCUACUCAGUUGGAGCUUGUUACUCUUUUCUAUACGUUGGUUUGUAGAGUACCUUUGUAGUGGCAGAGCCUGGAAUUAACAUCUCGAACACUUUUAAAAUAUUAAAGUGAGAUCGUUGCAUUUGGAAGUAGAUUUUUUGCUAUUUCAUGCUAUUUGGAUGAAA